CCAGCAAAAAUACUAUGAUUGUUCAUAAAGGGAAGCUUCCCGUAACAGUGCAACCCUUAUUAUAUGAGUAGGAAGCCAUCAAAAAUGUCUUCCAGUGGCACUCUCAGUAACUGCUAUGUGGACGCUAUAAUGGGGCAGGAGCCGGAGGAUGUGUACGGUGCUCGCUUUAUUCAGGCUCCACACGCGAUGACCCCGAGGCCGUCAGGUGCUGGGGACAACGCAGACUUUUCCUCGUGUAAUUUUGCACCGAAAUCCGCCGUUUUCUCGCCGUCCUGGUCCUCAGUUCAUCCUCAGGGGAUUUAUCAUCCAUAUGUGCACCACCACCACCACCACCAGUCCCAUCUGCCUGCGUCGGACGGGAGAUACGUUAGCGUCCGACCGUGGAUGGACCCCAUUUCGAACCACGUUUCGUUCGCCGGAUUCCCCUCCAGCAGUCGGUCGUACGGAACAAAGCCAGAGGUCUUGCCAGCUAAAUCUUCAGAUUGUGACACGUUGGAAGCGGAGGCUCGGCCGCUCGCUGGCGAAUUCACGUGUGGAGUAUCGGAGUGUCCAGAAAAAGCAACCAAAGAGCACAGUGGAAGUGAGCUUUCGAGCCACAGCGAACCCAAAGAGGAAAAACAAAAACUUGACCCAAGUAACCCUGCAGCAAAUUGGAUUCAUGCACGCUCGACGAGAAAGAAGCGAUGUCCCUACACAAAAUAUCAGACUUUAGAGCUAGAGAAGGAGUUCCUCUACAACAUGUAUUUGACAAGAGACCGGCGCUAUGAAGUCGCUCGCAUACUCAGUUUAACGGAGAGACAAGUGAAGAUCUGGUUCCAGAACAGGAGGAUGAAAAUGAAGAAGAUGAACAGAGAGAGGAACGGCAAGGACCAGCUAUAAGUCCGGUGCUGGUGCCGUUUCACACAUUCUGACGUUUGUACCAAGGAAGCCAUGUGAACAAUUAUAAUGAUUUUUGAUAGGAGCCUCCUUAGCCAUUUACAUUUUUUUUAUUUUAUUUUUUUUGCAACAUUUAUUAAGUGUCAGCGUUCUGAGGUUAUUUGGCCAAAUAUGCAUCACACGUGCAAAAAAAUUGUCUCGAUGAGACCCACAGAGGAUCUGUCGAACAAUGUUUCAAGCCAACUGAAAGUUUUACGCAACAAAGUGGGAUGUUUACGCAGCAGGAAACAUGUAUGUGUAUUGCUGUUAUUUGAAGUUGUAUAUAUAUAUAUAUCUAAAUAUAAAUAUAAAAAGAAUUCAGAGCAACUACUUCGACUGCUGUAUAUGUCACUACACACACGGGACGCAGUUUCAGUAAAGCGAGAAUUUACCCAGUUUUAACGACUUUUUGCUUAAAAUCUUUGUUUUUAUUUUUGAAGCUUUCAUACAGUUCAUGACAAGGUGCCAUGUUUGGGAAAGGAAAAAUCUCUCUUUAGUCUAAAUCAAAAAUAAAAACAUAAAGAUUUUUUCCUUUAUUCGUAUUUUUGACAUGUUGACGUAAGCACUUUGUUCUUUAAUUUAUUUGUAUUAGACCAAAACAUAUCCCCUAAGGCCUUACUUAUCCAAAUGCGGUUUAUCGAGGCUAUGUAAUCUAAUAGAUAACCGCACUAUUUAACCUAAUAUUCAAUAUGUAAUAGCUGGAUGUUCUUAUUAGCAGCCCACAUAUUAAAAUUGUAUUAAACCCCCACUAAAUAUUAUUUAAAACAUCUUUAAAAUAACUUUAAAAACGGAAGAUUUUAGUGUUUUUUGAAAAGUAGUGCUCCAAGUCAUAAAAUGUUUGCUAUUGGAGAGGUGUUGCGGCGAAUUUCCAAUUUAUGGUCCAACUUGUACGAACAAUUACUUUAAAGCAGGAAGAACCGCGGUCCAAUAAAGCUAUAGAAAUGGCUAGACGUCUGGCCUAAAUUACUUUAUGGGCCUGGCCAGUAAUUACGCUCUCCUUUGUAAAGCCCUUUUUUCCUGGGUGUUUGCGUCUGUUGCUGACAAACAGAGUGUAGACACUUUUCCAUGGGGUGUCUGGUCGAUGAAUUGUUUUAGAGGAAAUCACCCCCACCUUAAUGGUCACGUGUAUUCAUCAAUUGCACUUCCCACCGAUGGGAAAAAAACUUAACUUUGACUGCUGUGUGGUGCAGUCUUAUCUUCUGAUGGACUGUGUACUGAAAUGGUCAAGAAGAGCAUGUGUCUUAAUUGUACUUCACGGGCAGGAUCUAACACGCUUUGUUUGUCUUUGUUCUUAAACUUGAAAACACCUUCAGUGGAACUUGUUGAUUAAAACAGGAAUCCAGAAAGUUGCAGAUCUAAAAGCAACCUGUUUACCUUUACUGGAGCUUCAGGGCCCCUGGAAAGAAUACCGGGAGCGCUAGAGGGCGAUGUUGUCCUUUAAGUCUCAGCUAAAGCAGCCUAUUCACAGCUGGAACACGUAGCCAAGGCAAGGGCCAUACCAUUGUCCAUGUUUUUACUGAUUUAUAUCAUAAACGUCUUAUGUCCUGAUGAACGUGUGUUAAGAAGAGCGCGCUACUUUUAACAGUUGCAAACCCGAAAGCCCCAUUUUUCUAAUCGGUUAUUGCAGCACCCUUAUACUGAUUUUGAAAUCUCCUGACAGCUCCCAGGCCCCAUAUUUCAGCAAUAUGUCACACAUUUGCACAAAGGAGAAGCCAAAUUUAAUCGUUAGAGAGAAGGCUUUCUGAAGGCAGAAGCAGACUCAGCCCACCGUGUAAAUGCAGAGAAAAUAACAACAGAGACACUGAACUUUCACAGAUGGUUUUUUUCCUUUAAAGGGCAUGUCUCUGAGCCUCGUCGUUUUAUUAUUAUUAGACUGCUAUUGUUAUUGUUAAAUAGCCAGCGAAGUAGUCUGUCGUUUUUAGACUGUCCCGCAAUGUCCUGCUUGUUGUGAUACUAUUAAUAAUAUUACUAAUACUUAAAAUGUAAACUGUAGUGCUGUCUGUUUCAUUAAAGCUUCACAAAGCUCACAUUAAAACAAAUAAUUACAGUUUAAAAAUGGCAUCAAUUCACUGAC